AUGGCAAAUAGAAGGGAAUGUACAGCAGGAUUCAAAUUAGAAGCUGUUAAGCUGGUUAAAGAAACAGAAGUAAAAAAAAUAGCAAAAGAUCUAGGCAUAGAUGGCAGAAAGGAAGUGUGGCCAAUCAUUGAGGACGGCAACGGCAUCGCAAUUAGUGAUGGAAGGUCAAGUGGAGCAUUUGCUGCAGCAGAUACUGUGGGUACGUUUUCUGGUGCAAAUGCUAAGCUUAUUGAUGAUAAUGGUGAGUUAGUGCCGCUGAUUUACAAAGGCAAAACAAGAAAUGAAAAACACAGUGAAUUGAUUGAGUAUAGUAUUAAAGCUGGAAUCAAUCAGGCAAAAAUAGGUAAUGAAAUAUCAAAAGGUCAUGGAAGAAUACAUAUGAAUGUGCUUUCGGAGAUGGGAGCAGCAGAACGCGUGCUACAUGGCAUAUUAGAAAAAGCAAAAGGCUUAGUUCAUGGUAUUACCUGCGGUGCUGCAUUAUGGAAGCGUGCUUACCAAAGAAUAUCUUCCUGUUUGCUUGGUGGAGUAGUGUAUGAAGAUCCAUGGCUUGCUGGAGGACACAAUGGACUCAGUAACAGUGAAGACCCAGAGCUACCACAGGCUCCAUUUGAAAGAGUUGCAGAGCUUAGAUCUUUCAUGAACGAGAUCGGUCUUUCAGAAACACCAAUUGUUAUGGCAGGACGAGUGUGGCAUUUGAAAGAUUGGGAACAUUGUUUUGACAAUCUGCAAAUUGGACCAAUAGCUUUUCAGUUUGGCACUCGUCCACUUUUGACGAAAGAAAGCCCAAUUUCUGCAGAGUGGAAAAAAAAGCUACUCACUUUAGAAGAAGGUGAUGUAUUUUUUAAUAAAUUCAGUCCAACAGGGUUUUACUCAUCUGCAGUAAAAAAUAACUUCAUACGUGAGUUGCAGAAACGGAAUUCACGUAAAAUGAAGUUUUCAGAAAAUGCCAGCGAAGAAUUUAGUAGUGAAUUUGCAAUGGGUGGCAGAGGUAGGAAGAUCUACCUUACUACAAAAGACAAAGAGCUGGCAAAUACAUGGACUAAAGCAGGGUAUACAGAAGCAAUGAAAACUCCAGAUACAACUGUUAUUUUUGUGACGCCAGGCAAAUUUGCAGAGAUAAGACAAGAUGAAAUCAAUUGUAUGGGAUGUUUAAGUCAUUGUUUGUUUAGCAAUUGGAAGGAUCACGGCGACCAUUCAACAGGACGAAAGCCAGAUCCACGGAGUUUUUGUAAAAAAAAAAUACUGCAAAACAUUAUACAUAAAAGAAAUAUUGAAAGUGAACUCAUGUUUUCCGGGCACAAUGUGUACAAAUUUAAGCAAGAUCCGUUUUAUGAGAAUGGCUACGUACCGACAGUAAAAGAGCUGAUGGAAAAGAUAUUAACUGGCCUGUUUGGUGGUCACACUACAGUUAUAAAUAACCCUGGUUUCAGUAGUGGUAGCCAUCAAAGCAGAGAAGAUAAGAAAAAAGACUCGGAAGACAGUAGAAAGCUAUUAGCUUUAGGUACAGUACAGGUAGCUGCAGUUGUGCGUGUUGUUUUCCAUGUUGGUAUGUGUUUUUGGUAUAACAGCAGCAGAAAAACGGCUAGAAAAGAAGAAAAAAUAGAUUAUCUUGACAAUAAGCUUAAGAUGCUUAGGAAUGUAGAAUUUGCGUUUGGUGCUGUUUCUUUAGCGGCUUUGCUAGCUUGUGCUGUUUAUCCAGUGUUACCAGUGUGGGGUUCAGUUAGCCUUGGCGUUAAUUCUCUCGUAUGUUUCGCUGGUGGUUUAGCUUUUCAUAUGAAGCAUGAGGAAGAAUCAGAUAAUAUUGAGAAGGCUAAAGGAGCGGUAAGAAGCUAUCUUCAGGAUACUUCUCCAAGUGCUCCUCUUUAUAAUUAUGUGGGGGGGGUUUGGGAAUUGAAGGGGUGCUAA